AUGCUGCCAAAAGAGGUGUAUCAGAGCCUCAUUAUCAAGUCUUCGGGCAGCGCGACCCGCCUCAUUCGUCUGCUAAUGAAGAGUUUCUUCAGUCAGGAGGAGCUUGCUGCAUCCUCGCUCUCUGGCGAAGGCAUCUACAAGCAACGAUUGCAACCCGAGAUCACUGAGGCCAUCAAAGGCAAGCAAGGGGAGGAGGCAAAGGCUGGAUAA